GAGGGAGGAGCAGUUUCAGAUUGGCAGAAGACAACGCAUCCCAGAAGGCUUGUACUGAGGGUGAUGCGAGCCAGCCAACAGCUUUUCAUUCAUGAAGAAGCAAUUCAGCACCACCACUUUGUGUUUUCUUUGGGUGCAGCCCAACCGAGUGAAUUCAACCAGUGUCACGGAGGGCUAUGCGCUCAGCUGAAUACGUUCAGAUGUGUGCAAACUUGUGGGUUUGAUCUGAACACCGCUGGACACUGUUCAGUUCAACUUUCCUUAUGGGAUUGCGCUGGGCGAGUAUGAAGACUGCCGUCAGAAGCUGGAAGCGGCGGUCAGCAGUGUCUCGAUAGGCGCUAUAGGAGUCUUCAUUAGGAGGAUGCUGGUGGGAAAUGCCUGCAGACAGAGAGGAUGAGAUUUGUGGAAAGGCGCUCGAGCUUCUGUCCGAUCUGUGCUCGAGAGGAGAGGUGCAAGAUAAAAACUGCCUGGAAUUCACCUACUAUUUCCGCGACCUCGGGAGACCGAGAUUUUCGGACUCUGAUGUGUCUGUGAGCCUGUUGUCCCUCUUGGUGACCACAUGUGGCCUGGCGCUGUUUGCCGUCUCCCUGUUCGUGUCAUGGAAGUUGUUUUGGGUGCCGUGGCGAGAUCGCUUCUUGCCUGGCCUAAAGGACCGGCAGGGCGAACAGCAGCCGGUCCUGACCGAGGUGGAGGGCCUGGAGCGGGAAUACAGCGAAGACUUCAAAAAGGAUCCCAAUGCGCCAACGGUGCUCCCAGAGUCGGCCAUGAAGAUCAGCCACACGUCACCGGACAUCCACCUGGAGGCCCAGACUAAGGCCAAGGAGCUCAACCACAUCCACAUAGCUCGCGUACAACGACAAGUCACCGAGCCGACCUCAUCGGUCAGGCACAACUCCAUCCGGAGACAGAUGAACGUCUCCAACCCCGAUUUCAACUUGGCCCAGUUCCAGAGACAGGAGUCCGUAACAGGUCCAGGUUUGGGGCGCAUCAAGCCUGAGCUCUACAAACAGCGGUCGGUGGACGCGGACGACGGCAGACGAGCGGACAGCUGCGGCCGCUUGCACUUCAUCCUCAAAUACGACUGCGACUUAGAGCAGCUCAUCGUGAAGAUCCACAAAGCCCAAGACCUACCUGCCAAGGACUUUACGGGAACAUCCGACCCGUACGUGAAGAUCUACCUGUUGCCAGAACGCAAAACCAAGCAUCAAACCAAGGUGCACCGCAAGACUCUGAACCCCAUCUUUGACGAGGUUUUCCUGUUUCCUGUGGCAUACGCUGAGCUUCCGACACGCAAGCUCCAUUUUAGCGUCUACGACUUCGACCGCUUCUCGCGCCAUGACGUCAUUGGUCAAGUGGUGGUGGACAACUUCUUGGAUCUACCUGACUUUCCGCAGGAAACCAAGCUCUGCAGGGAUAUCAUUUAUGUUAGUGCGGAUAAUGUGGAUCUGGGAGAUCUGAUGUUUUCUCUUUGUUACUUGCCAACUGCCGGCCGACUGACAAUAACGAUAAUUAAAGCCAGAAAUCUUAAAGCCAUGGACAUCACAGGAGCGUCUGGUAGGCUCCCCCAUCGUCCUCGCCUCUAA